CUUGGACCUUGAACGAAGGUCUUACGGGUGUAGAACGACAUGAGGAUGAGUAAUUAAUGGCAUUUUUAUUUUUGGGUGAACUUUAAGGUGAGACUGAAGGAGACGGUAAACGAACGGGAGAAAAAUAAGAUCUUCUAGUACAGACAGACUGAACGGUUUUUUUUUUUUCGUCACCUGAAUCAAUCUCGUUCACAGCAUGGUUGGAAAAAAGGCGAAAGAAUUAUGAAAUUGUAAACACAACUGAUGACCAUACAUAAUUAAAAUGAGAAGGAUGUUUUCAUAAUAUUAUUAGACAUGCUGUAUUUUUCUAUGGCUCGACAACAUAUUCAGCUAUUGUCAAUUCAAUGAUUUAUUUACUACUCAAAAAUACACUGUGUUCGUCGCAACUGAUCCGUGAACGACUCUUUUUACUGAACUGAUCCAAAUGAUUCGAGUCACCGGGGUGAAUCAAACCCCCCCUCACUAGACUCACCCGAGUCAGCGAGAGGUGCUCUCACAUCGUCAAACAAAACCGCCUCGGCGUUUCAUACAAGCUAGCCUCAUCUGACACCUGUGGUGUUUGUUCCUCCACAUUCGGAAAUGAAUGUUUGACUUUUUUUUUUUUUUAGUUGGUCUGCCAACCGCCAUUAAACACUAGAAGAAGAAGAAUGCUGUUCAUCAUAAACGUCUUAUUCCACCCUAAUUUCUCAACGUAUGCGUGUCGUACUGAAUGAUGGACAACGGAAAGAUGACAACCAACAGUCUACAUCUCUCUCCCUGUGCCCGCUCCCAGAGAUUGAUCAGUGUUAAAAGGGCCUUUUGAAAGGCUCUUCAGGGCACAGAUUAAAGUCCAGCAUGAUUUGCAGCAUUUCUGGAUACUAAAUGAAGAAGAGAACCUCAAGAAUUUCAGAGAUUCAUGACCAGAAGCAAGCAGUACCAUCAUGGGAUGCGGCACAUCCAUUGCCGUUGAGAACCAAACACGUCCCUCAGAGACGGAUGGCUCCAUCAAGCAGCCCAGCCCAGCUCUGACCAUAAAAGCUGCCAUACUCAUCCAGCGUUGGUACAGACGCUAUGUUGCUCGCCUGGAGAUGAGAAGACGCUAUACAUGGAACAUCUUUCAGUCCAUUGAGUAUGCAGGGGAACAGGACCAGCUACAGCUCUCCAGUUUCUUCAGUUUCAUGUUGGACAACUUCACACAAAUAAAUGGAAAUGGACCAGACUUGAUCUCUCACCUCCUGGACUCUGUGGUUGACCCUUUAACUGAGGAGGUCAGGCAGUUGAAGCAUGAGCAGAUUGUCGUGCCGGAGUCGUACAGCGGCCCUCGUCUCUCCUUCCCCCUGAGCGUGACUGAUACCAAUGCCCUGCUCAGUGCCUUUAAAGAGGAGCAGACUCUUCAUGGGAAAUAUGUGCUGCAGUUACUAUAUGAAACAAAGAAGUUCUUGAAACAGAUGCCAAAUGUCAUAUACCUGUCGACAUCUUAUGCCAAAGAAAUAACUAUCUGUGGCGAUCUGCAUGGUAGCCUGGAUGACUUACUGCUUAUAUUUUACAAGAACGGUCUGCCCUCUGCUGAGAACCCCUACGUAUUCAAUGGAGACUUUGUGGAUCGAGGAAAAAAAUCUACAGAGAUUAUCAUCAUUCUGUUUGCCUUCCUACUGCUCUACCCCGACCACAUGCAUCUGAACAGAGGCAACCAUGAGGACCACAUCAUGAACCUCAGAUACGGAUUCACAAGAGAAGUCAUGCAGAAGUACAAGACUCAUGGCAGAGAAAUCCUUCAACUUCUACAGGAUGUGUUCAGCCUGCUUCCUCUUGCAACUGUCAUCGACAACAAAGUCCUUAUUGUUCAUGGUGGCAUAUCAGACAAAACUGAUCUGGACUUUCUGAGCACUGUUGAAAGGCAUAAAGUGAAGUCUGCUCUCAGGUUGCCCAAACGCAGCAUUGAUCAUCUCAACAUUCGCGCCUGCAGUCGCAGCAGCAGCAGACACAGCGGCAGAUCCAGGUUGGACAGCCCUCGCUCCUCAGGCCGCACCAGCCGCGCCUCCCGCAGGAAGAAGAAGAAUUUCACCAAGCAGGGCAGCUGCUCCUCAUCUUCAUCCUCAUCUUCUUCUUCCUCAUCAUCCAAGUGCUCCCCCCGUGUCUCGUCGCGAAACACUCCACGUCGACCUCCUCCUUCCCCCAGUCUGCCGAGCCCCACGGAUGUGCUCCAGGUGCCCUUCUUGGACUCCUUUGUCUCCCUAGAGCCCCCCGAGCCACCCCGAGAAGAACUGGAAUGGCAGCAAGUUGUCGAUAUCCUUUGGAGUGACCCUAAAAAUCAGAACGGCUGCAGUCCGAACUCUUUUCGUGGUGGAGGCUCUUACUUUGGGCCGGACGUUACUCAGACGCUGCUGCAGAAACACGGCCUCUGUCUGCUUAUCAGGUCACAUGAGUGCAAACAGGAGGGAUAUGAGCUCUGCCACAAUGGUCAGGUUAUCACAAUUUUCUCUGCGUCUAACUACUAUGAAGAGGGCAGUAACCGUGGAGCGUAUGUCAAACUGGGGCCUGAACUUGUCCCACGCUUCUUCCAGUAUCAAGUCAGUCGAAGCACCAGAAAACUCACCCUCCAUCAGAGGGUUCGUGUAGCAGAAGGUUCAGCACUCAGGGCUCUGAAAGAGAAGCUGUAUGCUCACCGAUCUGAGCUGAUGGCUGCCUUUCAGCAGUAUGACAUAGACAACACAGGCCGCAUCUCCACUAGCGAGUGGGCUCAGGUGGUGGAGUCUGUUCUGCGAUUGGAUUUGCCGUGGAGAACUCUGCGCCAACGCCUGGCCCGUCUUGGUGCAGAUGGCAACGUGGAGUAUGCAUCCUGUUUUGAAGACAUCAGCCCUGGAGAGCCCAUCCCUCCGGUAACACCAAAUUUGGCUGAAACUCUUUAUAGGUACAGAACUGACCUAGAGAUAAUAUUUAACAUCAUUGAUAAGGAUCACUCAGGUCAGAUUUCCAUCGAGGAGUUUCGUCAGACCUGGAAGCUCUUCAGUUCUCAUUUGGGCGUCGCUGUGAAUGACCAGGCGAUAGACGACAUGGCUCGAAGCAUAGACUUUAACAAAGAUGGCAGCAUUGAUUUUAAUGAGUUCCUGGAGGCUUUCAGGGUGGUGCACAAACUAGAUGUCAAAGAGCAGCAGCAGGGUUAAUUCUGCAUGAUCCGAUCACAGACAAGACAGAAUUCCAAAUCAUUUUUGGCACUUCAUCUUUAUUUUUUUUAACAUCUCAUGGAUGCAAUAAGCAGUUACUCAUAGUACAUCAUUUUACAUCAUUUUCCAGGAUUUGCAUUUUUCAUAAAGACUCGACUCUCUAGAGUUCAGUUUUCCUGAGUGAUCUUCAUCUACAGUCUGACACUCUCAGGAUUUCAACAGCCUCUUUUAUACAGUGGAAUUUGCUCAAUCAUGCUAGGUUGGAGAGGUCCACUGCUGUGUGUAUUUUUGUCCCAGUUCUGGAUACUAACUCCAGGCAUUGCUGAUAAAGGCUGCAGUGGUUUCGGGCACUUGGAAAAUGGCCGUAUGUUUUUCCGGUAUGGAGGACUGUAUGUUACCUUCACCUGUAAUCCAGGAUUCCGGAUCCACGGUUACCGUACGAGCAGUUGUGUGUCUGGACAGUGGGCCAGAGACCCUCCGCUGUGUGUGGCAUCAGGAUGCCCCAGCCCUGGUGAUCUCCUGCAUGGCAGUACUAAGGUGUCUGAAGACGGAUCUCUGGCCUUCUUUAGCUGUGAUGCUGGAUUUAGUUUGUUUGGAUAUGCGCUGCUUUACUGCAAAGGGAAAAACUGGAACGGCACUAAGCCUGUCUGCAAAGUGGCUGAUAUCAUGAGUGUUCUUCAUUCGAAUCAAGAACCAUUACAUGGUCCUGUCUCAGCGCAGGGCCGUGAUGUUCCUAAAAAUCUAAAAGUUCGCUUGCAUAGCCAUUUAAACACCCUCGCAAUCACUGCUCCCAAGGA